AUGCAUAUUCAAAUAUCCAUCACAAGAUUGCUUUGUAUCACCCUGCUUAUUCUGAAGACCGCUUACUGCAUGGUAAAGUCAGAAGAAGGCGUCGACAAGAAAAUCAGUUCUGUGGAAGCUGUUCGGGAGAAGCGUGGUGUAUUAGACAGUGACUCUAAAGAAGCCUUAUCAAACUUAAUUAAUACAUUAGCAGUGGACGAAACCGAGAAAGAUAAAAGAGGCUGGCAAAAAUUUAAUUCAUGGGGUAAAAGAAUGCUACUCAACCUGUCCCCGUGGGGUAAACGACGUUGGGCUCGUCUUCAGUCGUGGGGAAAGCGUUCUUACGACCCAUCAACAACUGACGAAUCCAACAAGGAUAGCCUUGAACCGGAAAUGUCACCGGAACAAGCAAUGGUAUACAAUAAAGGCAACCUUGAUUUGAAACACACUGACAUGUGGGGGAAAAGUGAUUCCACGGACGGGUUAGAUGAGGGAACUGAGAAUGUGGAUAAAAGGAAAUGGACUGGAUAUGCAUCUUGGGGUAAACGCAAUGAUGAAAACAUGCCUGAUGAUCUACUGCCAAAACGGAAGUGGAACCAGCUAAGUGCAUGGGGAAAGCGAGCAGAGGAAUUAACAAGUGAUGAACUGGAGGCCAUUAAACGGAAGUGGACUGGCAUGGCGUCCUGGGGAAAGAGGUCUAACUGGAGUGGCUUCAAUUCAUGGGGGAAACGGAACCCUUGGUCGAAUUUGGCAACGUGGGGGAAAAGGUCAAACUGGAGUGGCUUUAAUUCUUGGGGGAAACGCAAUGCGGCUAAUAACAUAGAACAGUAG